AUGGAUCCCUCAGUGCAGCGACUUCUGACAGACAAGCUCUAUGACAAACGCAAACAGGGUGCCUUGGAGCUUGAACGGUUUAUUCGGGAAUCUGCAGCAGCUAAGGACCAUGACAAAAUCCAAAAGACCAUCGAACAACUGUGCCACGAUUAUGCAUAUGCAGUUCAUCUUCCUCAUGCUCGGAAUGGAGGUUUGAUAGGAUUGGCGGCUGCCUCGAUUGCCUUGGGCUCGGAGGAUGUCGCCCGAUACCUGAAGCUGAUCGUACCGCCAGUUCUCGCGUGUUUUACUGAUCAGGAUGCUCGUGUACGAUACUAUGCCUGUGAAGCCAUGUACAAUAUUGCCAAAGUAGCAAAGGGUGAGAUUCUAGUAUUUUUCAAUGAUAUCUUUGAUACUCUAUGUAAGCUCGCAGCCGAUACUGAAUUAUCAGUCAAGAACGGUGCUGAGUUGCUUGAUCGUCUAAUCAAGGACAUCGUCUCUGAAUCUGCCGCUUCAUAUGUGUCGAUACUAAAUUUCAACGAUGCUGAGGGGGAAGACCAAGACUCUGAGAAGUCCAGUAUUGAACUUCCCACAGCAUUCUCACUCGGAAAAUUCAUUCCACUGCUCGAGGAACGGAUUCAUGUCAUUAAUCCGUUUACUCGAACCUUUUUGGUUUCAUGGCUCACACUUCUUGACACCAUUCCAGACCUGGAGCUAGUACAUUAUCUCCCAGCUUUCCUUGCAGGCCUUUUCAGGUUUCUUGGCGACCCAAAUCGAGAUGUCUAUGUGGCAACACAAGGAUUGUUGGAGCGUUUUCUCAGCGAGAUCAAGAAGAUUGCAAAGAUCAAACGAGGUCUUGCUGAAAGUCGGAGAAGUCGGACCAGUAAUGUCAGAGGUGCAUCCGGCAGUCAGGCAGAUAGUGCUACAGCACGGGGAAGUGAUUCCAAUGACAAUGCAAUCGACGACUCGGAAUCUGGAACCGCACAAGAUGAUGAGGUCAAUCCGGCAGACGAGAACAGUGGCGAUUGGAUUCCAGGACAAGAUGUUCAGGUUGAUCAUGCCAAAAUCCUCGACAUCCUUCUCAAGUUUGUCGAUGUCUCGUCCAAAAAGGAGUCAUCCUCAAGCUUGCGGCUAGAAGGGUUGUCAAAGCAAAAAGAGGAAGAAAUCGGAAUUGUCGCUCUUCGAUGGAUUGACAGCUUCUUCGAAAUCAGCCCAGAAGAAAUCCUACAAUAUGUUCCACGACUCCUGUCUCGAGUGCUCCCUGCACUGUCAGCUCAAUCUGAACAAGUCCGGACAACAGCCAGCAAGGUGAAUAGAUCUCUCAUGGAUUACAUCGUCACAUUUCAAGAUGAGGUCCAAGUUGAUGAAAGAAGAGGGCAGCCAGCCAGUAGCCUCAGUCUUCUACAGACACGAGAUGCCGAGAGCCAGGACAAGAGGCAAUCAGGUGCCACCAUGAAGAGUCUACCGGCUCUGCCCCUACCCGCGGGUGAAGCCUCUUCGGAGACACUGCCUGAGUAUGAACAAUCAGGGGCAGAAGAUACCCCACGGUCCACAGCCACGCCAUCACCACAACCAAUGGCCGAUUUGAACUAUGCAGCCGCGGUCAACGAACUGACGCUACAGUUUCUCAACGAACACGAAGAAACCCGUGUCGCUGCGCUAAGUUGGCUUAUAAUGCUGCAUCGUAAAGCCCCAAAGAAGGUCCUCGCUUUCAAUGACGGAACUUUCCCAGCUCUGCUCAAGACUCUAUCCGACCCUGCAGAAGCGGUGGUCACUAGGGAUCUGCAACUGCUGUCGCAGAUAUCGAGGAAUAGUGAGGAUGGCUAUUUUACCUCUUUCAUGGUGGCCCUGUUACAAUUAUUCUCCACGGAUAGGAAAUUGCUGGAGAUCAGAGGAAACCUGAUCAUCCGCCAAUUAUGUAUCAACCUCCAGCCCGAGCGGAUCUACAGGACGCUCGCCGAUUGCAUCGAGAAAGAUGAGGACAUUGAGUUUGCCAGUAUCAUGGUCCAGAAUCUAAACAAUAAUCUUAUCACCGCCCCGGAAUUGGCUGAGCUGAGAAAACGAUUGCGAAAUCUCGACAGCAAAGACGGACAAAUGUUCUUUGUCGCCCUCUUCCGAGCCUGGUGUUAUAAUGCAGUGGCGACAUUUUCUCUAUGCCUCCUUGCUCAGGCUUACGAACAGGCGUACAACCUGCUUCAGAUUUUCGCCGACUUGGAAAUGACCGUUAAUAUGCUUAUUCAGAUUGAUAAGCUGGUCCAACUGCUCGAGAGCCCAGUUUUCACAUACCUCCGCCUCCAACUCCUCGAACCCGAUCGAUACCCCUACCUCUACAAAUGCCUUUAUGGCCUGCUAAUGCUCCUCCCGCAAUCAUCUGCAUUCGGCGCCCUGAAGAAUCGGCUGAACUCCGUGUCAGCUAUCGGCUUGCUGCAUACCCCUGCCUCAAUGCCCACAUCAGCACGCCCCUCCGUGGUGGCAGGCAUGUCGGGCGCUUCUCUCCCCAGUGCAACCGGGACAGGUAGCGUUCCCGGCCGGUUGACACGCACCGCUCGAGACGUCAAUGCCUCCAGCGACGUGAAAUGGCCCGAGCUGAUGGAGAAAUUCAAGCAGACGCAAGAAAAAGCGCGUCGGCGGAAUGAGAGGCUCCUCCGUGGCGCAGACGCCGACGGCGCCUAUGCGGGCUCGAACAGUGGCGCCAGGGGUCUACUCGACGACGGGAUCGGCCUUGGUGGUGGUGGACGUGAUUCUCGCACGAGUAAUCGCUCCGCUGAUGCAGGAGGGCGGUCGACCGGGGCUGGAGGGGGCCGGAACAGCGCGCUCGGGAGACCACUUAGUUUUGUCGGUGCACCUGGCAUCGGUGGUGGUGCCGGCGCGUCAGGAAAGUUUGGAGGCGCUAAUAUUCCGGGUGGCGUUGCAGCUGGCGUGGCUGGCUCGGUGAUCGGUGGCGACGGUAGAGUCGCGCCCCAUAAGCGUGGCCAUAGUCUGGCGGGUGGUUUGGGGAAGUUCGCCAGUGGCAUUGCCAGGGCGGGCGGGAGUAGAGAUCGGGACAAGGAUAAGGAGAAAGGGAAGAGAUGA